UUUUAUUUUGUUUAGCAGUUUAAAUAACUCAUUUAUUUUUCUGCACUGUUUGGUAGAUUUAUUGGUUGCCGGUCUUUGUUUUUGAAAGCUCAGCUUCUGAUCUCAUUUAUAUCACAUUUUCAAUUCACAUUCAAUUCUUUCUCUUUCCCUCUCUCCUUUCCUGUCUCUUUGUGCAUUUGACUUUCAGUUUCCUUUUAUACAAGUUUAAAAAAAUUGGAUUUUUAUUAUCAAAAUGCCUGCUUUUGUAUUUUUAUUUUACACCCACAUAAAGUUCUAAACUUAAAAAUGGGUUUGGGGUUGGAUUUUGUUUGUAGCACCGACUGGGUUCAUUGAAAGCAUAUGAUUUUCCACAAAAGUUUCAAUCUUGGUGAGAUUUUGUUCACAAAAUAUGGGUUGGUUUCACCUUGAAAUCAAGGAAAACUCCAUUCUUUCUCCUUCAUUGCAACCAUAUUUUAUCCCUCAGCCACCACCACCACCAGCACCUCCACAAAAUGUUAAUGAUGGUUUCAGUUUGAACAAUAAGGUCAGUCCAAGUAUUUUGCUUAUCAUUAUAAUUCUUGCUAUCAUUUUCUUCGUUUCUGGUUUGCUUCAUCUUUUAGUUAGGUUUCUUUUGAGACCUCCCAGUAGAGAACCUGAAGAUUUAGAUAGUGUAACUGCUCUUCAAGGGCAAUUACAACAACUCUUUCACCUUCACGAUGCUGGAGUUGACCAGUCUUUUAUAGACACUUUGCCUGUGUUCUAUUACAAGUCCAUUAUUGGACUCAAGAACCCUUUUGAUUGUGCUGUUUGUUUGUGUGAAUUUGAGCCUGAAGAUAAGCUCAGAUUGUUGCCAAAAUGUAGCCAUGCCUUUCACAUGGAGUGUAUAGACACAUGGCUCUUGUCGCACUCCACUUGCCCUUUAUGUAGAGCUAGUUUGCUCCCUGAUUUCUCUUCAAACAAUAGUUGUUCUCCCAUUGUUCUUGUUCUUGAAUCUGGGGGUGAGAGCUCUAGAGAGAUUGUUGCCGAUAGAGAAAGUGCUAAUUUAGGCAGAACAAGUUCAGUUCUUAGAACAAAUUCCCAUCUUGGUUGUCGUGGAGACAGUGAAUUUGGGUCAUCCCAGAUUGAUUAUACUCAAAAAUCUUUUGAAAUUUUAUCAAAAGAAGAUGGAAAUGGAAUUCCCCCACCACCUGCAACAGUUGUUGUAGAUUCCGGGGAAAAAGUUGUGCCGGUUAAACUGGGAAAGUUCCGAAAUGUGGAUGUUGCUGAAACUAGUAGUACUAAUAAUAUUGAUGCUAGAAGGUGCUUUUCCAUGGGGUCUUUUGAGUAUGUAAUGGAUGAUAAUUCUUCAUUGCAAGUGCCAAUAAGAACCCCCAUGAAGAAACAGGCUAGCAAGAAGCCUUCUUUGCCGCUGACGCCCGGUCACAGGCCAGCUAUGUCUGAAUGUGAUUGUGAAUCGAGAAGGGAAUUCAGUGGCUUCGAUGCCUUUAAAAGCCUUGAAACUAAUUUUGGUGCUAGUAUUAGCGCUAGCAAGGGCAAUGCUGUUGGGAGGAGCAGAAAGGAUCGGGAUAGCUUCUCGAUAUCAAAAAUUUGGCUUCGAGGUAAGAAGGAGAAGCAGAAUUUGCCAGGGGAUUCAUCGAGGAGGGCUUUCUCAUUCCGGUUUCCAGUGACUAGAAAUGUUGCUGGUACUGCUGACGACGGGGAUGUGAAAUCGAAGAAUUCAAAUGCUGGUGCAAGGAGGACUGUUUCAGAGAUUGGCAUAGCUAGAUGGGAAAAUGGAGGAAGCGAAUUUGGGCGCAGCGACGUGGAAAAUCAAAGCUGUGGCAGUGUAGAUUUGCAGGCAAAGACACCAUCUUUUGCAAGGAGGACUCUACAUUGGCUGUUGGGAAGACAAAACAAGGUUGUUGAUUCACCCUUUACACCAAAUAUUUAGUUUCUUUACUUGUUUAUUUUCUUGGAUUCAUUUUCCAGGAAAAGUUGUGUUAUAAUUUCUUCAUUGUGCAAGGCAGAAUUGGAUGAUUGUAGAAGGAAAAGGAAAGAAAAAAAAAAGAAAGCUGAAUACAUAGUUGCAUUCUCACUUGAACAUGUUUGCCUUUGACAGCCUUAUUAGAUGCUCAAAAUCUGAUUGUUCUUUAUAAUUGUCUUCUUACUUUUGUCUUCUCCAUUCCAUGUUUGUUUUGCCUUUAAACAUCAAUC